GAGUUGAUCUACAUCCCUGGUGACACCUUGGUCGCCUGCUCCUUCGCCUCCUAUGUGGGCGUGUUCACGCGCCAGUAUCGCGAGGAGACCGUCGAUGCUUUCGUGCAGUACCUGACCAAGAAGGGCGUACCUCUAGGGCCGAAGCCAGACCCCCUCGGCGUGCUCGCCUCGGAUGCAGAGAUGGCUUCCUGGGCAGGACAGGGCCUGCCCUCCGACCGGGUCAGCUGCGAGAACGGCGCCAUCUUGUGCAACUCGCAGCGCUGGAGCUUGAUCAUUGACCCGCAGCUGCAGGGCAUCGUGUGGAUCAAGAACCGAGAGUCCGAGAACGGCCUCCAGGUAACCCGCAUGGGCCACAGCAAGAUGCUGAACACCUUCGAGGUGUCUUUGGACCAAGGAAAGCCAGUGCUGAUCGAGAACAUGGGCGAAGGAAUCGACGCUGUGAUCAUGCCCGUUGUGUCCCGCAACACCAUCAAGCGUGGAAACAAGAGGCUGGUGAAGCUCGGGGACAAGGAGAUCACUUUGAGCAACAACUUCAAGCUCUUCAUGCAGACGAAGUUGUCGAAUCCGCACUACCCGCCUGAGAUCCAGGCCGAGUGUACCAUCAUCAACUUCACCGUCACAGAGGAUGGUCUCGAGGAUCAGCUGCUGUUCCUGGUGGUGAAGCUUGAGAGGCCGGAUCUCGCCAAGAAGAAGGCGGAGCUCAUCGCACAGCAGAAUGAGUUCAAGGUGACCUUGGCACACUUGGAGGCCUUGCUCUUGGAGAAGCUGGCCAAUGCCGAAGGUGACAUCCUUGAUGACACAGAGCUCAUCCUUUCCCUGGAGGAGGCUAAGAAGACCAGUGAUGAGGUCAAGGAGAAGGUCGUGAUCGCCCAGGACACGGAGCUCAAGAUCAACGAGACUUCUGAGUUCUAUCGGCCAACAGGUGCGCGAGGAGCUCUCCUGUUCUUCCAGCUGAUGAGCCUUUGCAAUAUGCACACCUUCUACAAGUACUCCUUGGACGCUUAUCUUAUGGUCGUGACGCGCGCCGUGAACAGCGUCACCUUGCGGAAGCCAAAGGAGAAGAAGGUGGAAGAGAAGGUCGAGGAAACGCCCGCUGAGGAAGAAGGUGGCGAUGAGGAAGAAGGCGAAGAAGACGAGGAGGGCGCCGAGGUCGAGGAGGCUCCUGCUGAGGAAGAGGAGGAAGAGAUCAUCGAGCUGACCGGAAAGGACCUGAAGCUGCGCGUGGAUCUGCUGUGCAACAUCAUCACCUUCUUCGUGUGGAACUACACGCGGCGAGGUCUGCUGGAUUCCGACAAACUGACGGUGGUGAGUAUGAUGGCCAUGAGCAUCCUCGUGCGAGCUGGCAAAAUCACCACCGAGGAGAAGGAGACGCUGAUUCGAUGCCCUCCAGAUGCGAAUCCUCCGGCCAUGCCGGAGAACGCCAGGAGCUGGCUCUCCGAGACCCAGUGGGCCCAGCUGAAGACCCUCGAGAACAUGGAGGCCUUCAAGAAGGGAGGUCAGUUGACGCAGAACAUCGAGCAGGAUUCACUGGGAUGGAAGCGCUGGUACAGCGAGGAGAAGGCUGAGAAUGCUGACCUUCCUCGCAGCGCGCGCGAUCUGAACCAGUUUCAGCGUCUCUUCCUCUUGCGUGUGAUGAGGCAAGACCGUAUCGGUGCGGCACUGUCGCAGUUCGUCAUCGACAACCUGGGUCAGGAUUUCAUCGAGCAGCCGCCCUUUGACAUGGAGGUGUCCUUCGAAGAGUCCACUUCGAUCACUCCCUUCUUCUUCGUGCUUUUCCCAGGCGUGGAUCCAACGCCGACGAUCGAAGCUUUGGGGCGAAAGUUGGGCAAGACGGAGGCGAACGGCCAGCUGCUGAACAUCUCAAUGGGACAGGGUCAGGAGAAGAUUGCUCUGAAUGCCAUCAACAAGAUGGCGAAGGAAGGUGGAUGGCUCAUGUUGCAGAACAUCCACUUGAUGCAGGCUUGGCUGAAGGAUUUGGAGCGUGCCUUGGAGGUCAUCGAGGAGUUUGCUCACGAGGACUUCCGCUGCUUCCUCACCUCCGAGCCACCUGGAGCUAUGCAGGGGAAGCUCUGGGACCUUAUCCCAGAGCCAAUUCUGCAGAGGUGCAUCAAGGUGGCAGACGAGGCGCCGUCGGACCUGAAGUCGAAUCUCCGCCGUGCCUACUCCAAGUUCACCCAGGAGAACAUUGAUGCUUGCAUGAAGCCCCGCGAGUUUAAGGCAACGCUCUUUGCGCUCUGCUUUUUCCAUUCGCUGAUCUCAGGACGCAUUAAAUUCGGCGCCCAGGGUUGGUCCAAGAAGUAUCCGUUCAACGACGGAGACCUAACGAUCUGCGGACAGGUGCUGAGGAACUACCUGAACAAUGCAGAGAACCUGGGAACCGAGGUUCCGUGGCCCGACCUGCGAUACAUUUUCGGCGAGAUCAUGUACGGCGGCCACAUCACCGAUCCGUGGGACCGACGUGUGAACAACACCUACCUGGCGGUGCUGGUCACGCCAGAGCUCUUGGCCGGCGGAAACCUGGCACCCGGCUUCAAAUCUCCAGAUGCCAGCAAGCUUGAGUACUCGCACUACGUCAAGUACAUCGAAGAGCGAUUCCCCCUGGAGGUGCCGCAGAUGUUCGGACUGCACCCCAACGCUGAGAUUGGCUUCCUCACGAAUCAGGGCAUCAGCAUCUUCAAGACGAUCCAGGAGAUCACCGGCGGAGGUGGCGGUGGCGGCUCCGGCGACAUCUCCCUGGCCCAGCCGAUCAUCACGAACUACCUCACGAAGCUCCCAACGAACCUCGACAUGAUUGACAUCCGAGGUCGCCUGAAGGAAGAAGACUACACUCCCUUCGUCAUGGUCUCCCUGCAGGAGGCCGACCGCGUCAACGGCCUCUUGGAUCAGAUCCGCGGGUCCAUGCUCGAGUUGGAGCUGGGUAUCAGUGGCGCCCUGAACGUCACAGAGAGGAUGGAGGCACUGAGUGCAGACCUCCAGAGCAACAAGGUGAACGCCGGAUGGGCAGAAAAGGCAUACCCGUCCUUGAAAGCUUUGAGCGCCUGGUUUGAUGACUUCGUGCAGCGCCACGAGCAAGUGGUAGACUGGACAUCGCAGCUGAAACUCCUGAAGUCCGUUUGGAUCAGUGGCCUUUUCAACUCCAUGUCCUUCCUGACCUCCAACAUGCAGGUCGCUGCUCGAAGCAACAACCUGCCACUGGAUUACAUGACCAACAGGUGCCGCUUCUACAACAUCCGCGACUUGGCGGAGAUCACGGGCGUCCCGGCACAGGGUGUGAACGUGCACGGCCUUUUCUUGGAGGGCGCUGGCUGGGAAGAUGGCAAGGGCGAAGAUGAGGGCUACAUCACGGAAAGCAAGAUGAAAGAUCUGCAUCCGACGAUGCCGAUUUGCAACAUCUUCGCCGUGCACAUCAGCGAGAUGGAUUGGAACGCGAUGUACCACUGCCCCGUGUUCUCGACGUCGCUUCGUGGGGCUACUUUCAUCUUCCAAGCCAACGUGCGCAUGGACCCAGACGACAACGAAUACCGCUGGGUCCUCGCAGGCGCUGCGAUGCUGACCCAGGCAGACUAG